GACUGGUGUGGGAGUUCCCUGGAGUUGGAGAUGGAAAGGGAAAGGCUGUUAUCAAGCGGAAUGAAGGUCUGCAGUCAGUCAGAGUGUGAGUAACAGGGCAGAAGCAUGGCUGCUGCAUUCCUGGAUGGUAAGGAUGCACACUCGGUUCUGAAGCGUUUCCCUCGAGCCAACGGCUUCCUGGAGGAGUUGAGACAGGGAAACAUCGAGAGGGAGUGUGGCGAGGAGAGCUGCAGCUUCGAAGAGGCCAAUGAAGUGUUUGAGAACAAAGAGAGAACGAUGGAGUUUUGGAAAACCCGCAGCAUCUAUACAGUGAGCAGCAACGGUGAGGGGCGCUCGGAGCGCGCCGACACCGUCUACAUGGUGGUUCCUCUGCUGGGAGUGGCUCUGCUCAUCAUCAUCGGCCUCUUCCUCCUCUGGAGGUGCCAGCUCCAGAAGGCCACUCGUCGACGGCCCGCGUACACACAGAACCGCUACUUGGCCAACAACCGCAGCACCCGCAGUCUGCCGCGCAUCCUGGUUCACCGCGAAGCGCACAGCGAAAGCUCCCACCAGGAGUCCAGCUCCCGUCCCACUGUGGUGGUCAGCGGAGCAGAGAGAGGAGGAGCUUCUCAGUCGGACUCCCACGGCCUCCACCAGCAGAACACUUGUGCCCUGUACGUCCAGGACUCCUCCCUGUCGGUGGCCUCGCGGCUGUCCGGCGCCACACCCCCUCCGUCUUAUGAAGAGGUGACAGGACACCUGGAGAGCAGCGGUGACGAGACCUCAGCGCCUUCAUAUAGCGACCCUCCGCCCAAAUACGAGGAGAUCAUAAAGGAGAAAUGAAAGCGGCUGCUGCCCUGCUGUGUCUGAAGGAGGUUGAGGUUGGCAUAAGAGCAGUUUCUGCUUCAGUUGGUGCUGCUGACUGCCAGUUGCCAAACACAUGUUGUAAUUCUGAAUUUUCUGCACCAUAAAAUACACUUGAUUCACUCACGGGUGUAACCUAUAGCCAGCCACUGCCAUGAUUACGUACGCCACCAAGGAUUGUGAUCCAUAGUUGACCCUAAACGUCUCAGAUACUUUGUUCCUUUGGUCUUCAUUUUGCUUUGGCAAACUGUGAAUGGCAGACUUUGUUCUUGGUGCAGUCAACAGCAGGUGCAACGAGGUGCCUGGAGAGGAUCUGGCGAGCAGGAUGCUCACUGAUCCCUUUGCGGCCCUUGUAGCAGACAGGUUUCUGUGCACGGCAUGGGGUGUUACCAUGGUGUUGAAUCUCCACGCUGCAGCCGGGCUUUUACACUUGCUGAACAGCCACUGUGACUGAAAGGUUCGCUGACAGGCUGUUUCAUAUCUAGCGUGCUUGUAGUGUGACUCUUUAAACUGUACAUACACAGUCAGUAGUCAAAGUAUUUGGACUCUGAGCCAACGUUGCUGUUUCGUUCGAUGCUCUUAGAUCAUUCACAAGUUUGGUUUUCACAGAUGUAAUGAAAAGUGAAGCACGUGUGAAGAUUAAAAAGCCCUUUUCAUUUCAACUUUCAAGGAGAGACCCAGAAUUACUUGGGCUCAAAUUCACUUUUUAAUGCCAAAUCCUGACUCCACUGUAGAUCA